AUGGCUCUCAUUGCAUCAACCCCUAACUCCAAACUAAUCAACCAAUCUUCCAUUUACCUCAACAAACCACAAACUAGUACAACUCUACGUUACAACUUUAACCUAACAAUUUCGAAAACUAACCUUUUUAAGCGUUUAACAUUAACAACUCAUACACCAAUUUGCCAAUAUGGAGAGUCAUCACCAAAUAAUGAGGCAACAAGAAGUGAAAGAACAACGAGGGUAUCGGCCAUUUCGACACCGGGGUUGGAGUCGUAUUCCCAUAGGAUUUGGUGGUCGGACGUUGUCGUGAAGAGUCCGACGAAUGUACUUGUUGAUGGAAAAUGGGAUUCUAUAUCAGUUGGGAAUUUAGGUGCGGUUGUUAUGAUGCAUGGGUUAGCUCUUUUUGCACCAUUUACGUUUAAUUGGGGUGCAUUUUGGGUUGCUGUGGUUCUCUAUUUGGCUACGGGAUUGUUGGGUAUUUGUCUUUCGUUUCACCGGAAUUUGGCUCAUAAGAGCUUCAAGCUACCUAAAUGGCUCGAGUACGUCUUUGCUUAUUUCGGAGUAUUAGCCCUUCAGGGAAAUCCAAUUGAUUGGGUGAGCACACACCGGUACCACCAUCAAUUUUGUGAUUCGGAGCAAGAUCCACAUAGCCCACUUGAAGGAUUUUGGUUCAGCCACAUGAAUUGGAUGUUUGAUGCCAAAAUUGUUACCGAAAGGUGUGGUGAGCCGAACAAUGUAGGAGAUUUGGAGAAGCAGCCAUUUUACAGAUUUAUGAGGAGCACAUACAUUUUUCACCCACUAAUGUUGGCAGGAUUACUUUAUGCAUUUGGGGGAUUUCCCUACCUCGUUUGGGGAAUGGGAGUAAGGACCGCAUGGGUUUAUCACAUAACAUGGUUCGUGAAUUCUGCUAGUCAUGUGUGGGGAACUCAAGCUUGGAAUACUGGCGAUUUAUCAAGAAAUAAUUGGUGGGUGGCAUUACUUUCAUUUGGAGAAGGUUGGCACAACAAUCAUCAUGCUUUUGAAUACUCAGCUAGGCAUGGUUUAGAAUGGUGGCAAUUUGAUAUGACUUGGUAUACCAUCAAAUUUCUUCAAAUUAUUGGUUUAGCCAAGGAUGUGAAGUUACCUACUGAGGUGCACAAACAACGUUUGGCAUUUGAAAAUGAUGGAAUAUAAACUUGAGGGAAACAAAGAACACAUUUUGACAA